AUGGCGACCACCGCCGCCUUUCUCAACGGCAUUGACAGCCCCAGCCCCCCCGGCGUCGCGGCAGCAGAUGGUCUUUCAUCUACCAAACGAACAACCAAUGCACUGAGCACCAAACUCACCAGCGUCCUCUCCUCCUCCUACGCCGACUACGAGAUCAGGGAUGCCCUCCGCCUGCUGGACGCGCGGGGCGUGCGAAAUGAUGAGGACACGAGGAGGGAUCUCAAGGCCAAUGCCCAGAGGGAAGUCAUCGACUGCAAUGCCAUGAUCGUCGACGAUUUCGGGAAGGUUGCUGAGCAAUUGAAAAGAGUCGGCGCGAUGAUCACGACGCUGAGCCAGACCUGCGCGAGCAUGCGUGCGCACAUCAUCGCCGCAAAGCAAGAGUCCGCCCCUGUGCUCGACGAGGCAUCCACGCUCAUCUCCCGCAAGAAGGAAACCGAAUCGAAGCAAGCCCUCCUCGACGCAUUCACGACGCAUUUCCUCGUCUCCACCGCCGACCUGAACAUCCUCACUUCGUCCGCCGAGCCCCUCGACGACCGCUUCUUCGCCGUCCUGGCCCGCGUUCAGCAGAUCCAUCGCGACUGCGAGGUUCUGCUCGGCUACGGCGACGGUCACGACACCGCCGGCGAAACGCAGUCCCCGCGGCUAGGGCUUGAGUUGAUGGAACAAACCACCCGCAAUCUCGACGCGGGGUUCAAGAAACUCUACAACUGGAUCCAGCGCGAGUUUAAGGGUCUCGACCUGGAGGACCCGCACAUCAGCGGCUCCAUACGGCGGGCACUACGGGUUCUCAGCGAGCGGCCGACACUCUUCCAGAACUGUCUGGACUUCUUCGCCGAGGCGAGGCAGACGACACUGGCCGAAGCCUUUCACGACGCCCUCAUGGGUUCAGGCUCUGGCGGUGCGACGAAGGCCAUCGAGUUUUCGACCCAUGAGCCUUUACGCUAUAUUGGUGAUAUGCUAGCUUGGGUACACUCGACGGCCGUCUCGGAGAAAGAAGCACUUGAGGGCCUGUUCGUCUCCGACGCCGACGAGAUAUCCCGCGGCCUCAGCACAGGCAAGACCAGCGAGCCCUGGGCACGCAUCAAGCGACGCCAGAUAAGCAUAUCCCUCUCUGAUGAUGAGGACGGCACCACCGAAAAACACAUGUUCGACGGGCGCAAAGCUCUGUCGGACCUGAUUUCACGGAAUCUAGCAACGGUAUGCUCGACGUUGCAAUCCCGUGUCGACGUGUCGGUGCGCAGCAGCGGCGACCCUGUGCUGCAGUUCAAGACGUUCAACCUACUGGACUUCUACAGCGGGAUCUUCGCGAAGCUGCUGGGCCCGCAAGCCGCGCUCGUCCGCCUCGUCGCUGCCAUGCAGGCCGGCACGCUCGCGCACUUUGAGGCUGCCAUGGCUGACGAGGUCGCCCAUGCUACUAGCAGCAGUACCGCGACCACAGACGGCAGUGCAGGGCGUGCGGCAGACCUCGCACCACCGCCGUUCCUCGCAACAGCACUCCGCCAAUUCGCCGAAGUAGUACGCACGCGUGGCCCGCAGAUGACGGAACCAGAGCUUGAGCGGCUGUUCACGACAAUGCUCUCGGGGAUCAUAAAUGCGAGCGCCGAAGCUGCAGGCUCCAUCGCCGACCCAACGCGCCGUACCAUCUACAAGACCAAUUACAUGACAGCGCUGCGCGCGACACUCGUCGGACUCGUGUCCCAAGUACCCGCGACGAGUAUCCCACUGGAAAAGGCUGGCGCGGAGAUCCAGACCCUGCGCGACGCGCUGGUGGCGCAGGUGCUCGAUGCGAUGUUCCUCGACGACUCAGGCGUGAGAGAGCUCAUGCAGGAAUUGGAUACGCGGCGCGGCCAUGGUGCGAAGGCGAGGCACGCUUGGUUGGUACAGCAUCUGGACGAGUUUGCGGGACGUCUGGACGAGUUCUUGUCUGCGGCGCUGAUGGAUGCGCAGGAGGCGUUGAAGGCGUUGCUGGACAAGCCGCUUGCGAAAGAUGUUGUUGCGGAAGCGGUUGAGCGGUUUUGCGUCGAGUUUGAUGAGCUGGAGGCGCUGUUGGAGAUGGUGGAUGAUAAGGCUGAGAAUAGCGCUGAUGACAAUGAUGCCGCUGUUGCGUCGAUACGCGACCUCUAUCCGCGGACGGGCGCCGAGGUUAGAGCGUUGCUUAGUUAG